ACAAUUAGAACACUGGAAGAAAUUAAUUUAAUGAUUUAUUUACAAUGAAAGUCAAACAAAUGAACAGCAAAACCUUUUAGGCAAAUAUACUAUUUUUUAUGGAAAGGCUCAUACACCUUCAAAGAAGUAUUUUUCACAAACAUUGCAUUGAACUGAUAAUGAUACGUGAGCUUCAAAUACCUGCACAACCACCUACUAAUGAUCUACCAAGUUAAUAGUUUAUGGAGCUUUAUUGGUUCUAACAAUUGAAUAUUAUGUGAAAAAAUAUUCAGUGUUAUCAAGUGAUAUGUAAAGUAUUGAGUGAUGGUGGAAAAUUGGCUAUAUUUCAGGAGCAUCCUAGGAAGUUUGAAAGGAUAGUUGACCUAGGCUGAUCCUAGAAAAUAUCUUAAAUGAAAACUUAAAAACCGGUUUUGUAAACUUAGUUAAUUUAGUGAAUUUAGUGUUCAAAUUAUCUGUGACCGCCUCAUGCGGAUGUAUGAAAUAAAGUAGUUUUAGUUUGUGACCAUAAUGCAUUUAAAACUGUUAUUUGGUUUGAUUGCCUUUUUGGUGGCACUUGCCGCAAAUGGGGCUAAUUCACAAUAUGCUGCCAUUCAGGAGGCCAAAGAUUCCCUAAGGCGGGCUUUAGACCGCAGUAGGAUGAAGGAAUAUACAAUUUGGAAAAAUGCUAAAUCUUUUCAACGACCACAAUAUGAAAGUCAAAAAAUUGUUUUUGAACCACGUGGUAUGGGGCCUUUAUACAAUGCCACACACGUCAUUUUAAAUAGCGUUAUCGGGGAAAAGGCUUUUCCAGAGGGCCUAAUCCGCGUUGUGGACCACCAAAUUGUUGUCAAAGAUGACGCCCUGGAUGAUUGGCCUAAUAUUCUUCAACACUAUGCUGCUGUGAUAGCUAUUAUUGUUAUUGGGCUACUUUUUGCUAUCAUCACACCGAUUGUCGGGUUUUGUUUCUGCUGCUGUCGUUGUGCUGGUUCUUGUGGGGCAAGAUCGCAACCAUUCGACAAAAAGCACGAUACUUGCAGGAGGGUGUACUUGGGGCUAUUUCUUAUAAUUGUUGCCACAGCCAUGGUAUUUGGUGUCGUAGUUGCAUUUGUAACUAACAGUUAUAUGCAAGAAGGCAUUGAAGAUGCACCUCAAGCAGCUCGUUAUGUCACCAAGGACGCCACUGUGUUUUUGAAUGAUACAACACAACAUAUGAAUCACCUGCUUAUAGAAAAUUUCAAGGAAUUACGAGAAAAUUUGAUUAACACACUUAAAGAAAGUGCUGCUGUUGUGACGAAGGAACUGGCAGAUAAAAGUCAACUUAUAUCAUUAAAUAGAUUGGAAGAAGUUGCAAGAAUGUUGCCUGAAGUUCAAACUAAUCUUGAGGAUAUGAGAAGUACUACAAAGCAACUAAGGGGUUUAGCUUUAACAUUAGAAUCAGAUUUGCGAGGUGUGAAAAGAGAUUUAUUAGUGAUCCUUAAAAACUGCCAAAGUGCGAAACCUUGUCAGGACCUUUCCAAUCAAUAUAUCAACGAUUUAAAAACACAGAACAUGGACUACAGUUCUUUACCUGAUCCUACUCAAGUCAUCGAUGAAUUGGACGACUUUAUUACUAAUAGCGAUUUGCAAUCUGAAAUCGAAGCCGGUAUAAAAGAGUUUCAAAGCAUCAAUGAAACUUUUAACACAGCUGUUGAGAAGAAUAGAAGAGAAAUUCAGCAGCAAUCACAAAGCUUGAUGUCUACAAUUAAUAACAUUAGAGGAACUGCCAAAAGUGAAGGCGAUAAAAUGAUAAAAAUUGCCGAUGAUUAUAUUAAAGAAUAUUCUCAGUAUAGAUUCUACGGUGGAUUAGCGCUCAGUGUGAUUCUAUUGAUUGUCUUAUUGUGUGUUAGUUUUGGAUUAUUAUGUGGCAUUUGUGGCAAAAGGCCAGAUGGAUAUGGUGACGAUUGCUGUAAUAAAGGCGCCGGUAGUUCCUUCCUUAUGUGGGGCGUUGCAAUUAUGUUCCUAUUUACUAUCGUGUUGGCCGUUGUAGCCUUGGCUCAUUUUAUCAUCGGACUUUUGGUGCACAGGACCGUGUGUGUUCCUUUACAAAAUUCACAGAACGACCAGAUUUUUGGCAUCAUUGAUGACAUUGUUGAUCUUGAUCAAAUAAUACACUCAAGAUCCAAUUUGAGGGUCAAGACACCUGGCGCAUUGAAACUUAGCACGAUCAUUGAAAAAUGUCACAACAAUGAAUCAGCCUAUAAUGUUUUUAGUUUGGAUUCUGUACUAAGUGGUGGCAGCAUUGAUGAUUUGUUAGGAUACGUUGAUCGUUUUGAGAUUUCCCUGCAACUCAAAAAUAUGCUCAAUGAUUUCAAAUUGGAUUCGGGUGUAAGCAUCAUCUCGCAAAAUGGAUUAGAUCAAUUAGAAAAGUUGGAGAAAAGCCAAUUGAAUGACUUCAAAUUUUACCAAUACAAUCAUACGUUAUCAACUAAUGUUACCAGCGUGAAUCUGAACGAGCUCGCCGAUAAAUUAAUUGAAGCAGCCGCUGUAAUUGAAAGGAUUGAUCCUCAAAUUGCCCGUGAUUUGAGGUUUCAGUCUUCAAAGUUAAAAGCAAUUCAAAAGGAUUCUGUUGAUCCUUUAGUUGAGAAAACUUUCAAUUUACAGACUGUGGCUACCGAUUUAGAAAUAUCUUUGAAGUUCAACACGGAUUCAUUCUCGGAUGCAAUUCGCCAGAUGAAGGAGCAGAUUAUAGUAGCGCAAAAAUAUUUACAAGAGGAAGGACCAUCGUUUGUUAAAAUUAUGGUGGAGGAAGUGGUAACCAGCGUUGAAGAAGACAUCAGAAACUAUCUCAAAUAUGUAGUGAACGAGACCAAAAACAAUGUUGGUCAAUGUGGGCCUCUGUCUGUUGCAUACAAAUCAACCCUUGUUGCAGUUUGCAACAAUGUACUGGAUCCAUUCAAUGGAUUCUGGGCUGGUCUAGGUUGGUGCAUUUUGCUCUUUAUACCAUGCAUUAUUUUAAGCGUCAAACUAUCUGGAUUAUAUCAGAAGUCUGAUCCUUAUCCAGGUCCUCUAGUCGAGUCGGAAUAUUUAUAUGAUGCUUACGCUGAUCGUGAUAAUAUUUCUUUAACAAGCCCACCAGAAAGCAAACGUCGCAGCAAGGAUAAUAAAAAACAUGAUAGACAUGGACAAAGGGAAUCGAGUUCUCAGGGACCAUCUGCUUCUCAUGACCAUCGCUAUACAGAUAUGGCCAGAAAGCAAUGGGAUGAUUACUCGGAAGAUGCUCCGCCACGUUACCAUAGUCCGCCACUGCCUCCUUCUGAGUACGAGAGACCACCGCCUUACUAUUAUCCAGGACCUGGUAGCGACAGAUCUCCAUCCGUGAAUUGAGCAACACUAAAGAAUCAUUUCCAUUGAACUGCCAUAAGUAUAUGAUACAAGCGUGAACUGUUAUG